AUCGUUUUUGUGCUUUACGACUGAAUCCGAACUUCCAAAACUUCUGAGACUCCUCCCACGCCUGCUCCCCCCUCCCAAAAAAAAACUUCCAUUUUCCAGCCUCUUCGGUGUUCUUCACCCUCCACGCCACAACAUCUGCAUUUUAAAACCAGAUGUUGACCCACUGCUCCCAGAAUGAUCCUGUCGUAGUAGAGGCACCAAACCUUUAGCAGCAAUGUCUCCAAAGCUGCCCAGUGGCCACAGCAGGGCGGAGUAUUCGUCAGUGCAAGUUGCAAUACGUGUGCGUCCACUGCUGCCCAAAGAGGUUCUACACUCCCACGAGAGCUGCAUCACUGUGGAUCCAGAUCUUCAGCGAGUCACUUUGGGCCAUGAUCGACAUUUCCAGUGCGAUUUCCUCUUCGAAGAAACUUGCUGUCAGGAGGAUGUAUAUUCAGAGUCAGUCCAGCCACUCAUCGAUGCUUUCUUCAACGGCUUCAAUGCCACCGUUUUUGCCUACGGGCAGACGGGUUCAGGAAAAACUUACACAAUCGGGGAAGCUAAUAUCACUUCGUUCAGAGACGAGGAGCAGGGUAUCAUCCCCAGAGCUGUGGCCGAUGUUUUCAAGCUGCUGGAUGAGAAUGACCUCUCUGACUUCUCAGUCAGAGUCUCGUAUUUGGAGGUCUACAAAGAGGAAUUCAAGGAUCUGCUGGAGUUGGAAACUUCUAGCAAAGACAUCCAUAUACGAGAAGAUAAAGGCAACAUAGUCUUAUCUGGAGUGAAGGAGUGUGAAGUGGAAGGCCUGGAUGAAGUCCUCAGUCUCUUGGAAUCAGGAAACACAGCCAGACACACUGGGGCUACCCAGAUGAACCAAAACUCGAGUCGGUCUCACACAAUAUUCACCUUGUACAUGGAUCAACGUAGAGGAAGCACACGGCUUUAUGGAACAAACACGGCACCACAGAUGUUGUCGUCCAAAUUCCAUUUUGUGGACUUGGCUGGGUCUGAGAGAAUCCUGAGGACCGGCAACACUGGUGAGAGACUCAAAGAAAGCAUCCAGAUAAAUAGUGGUCUUUUGGCACUUGGUAAUGUCAUUGGAGCACUCGGAGACCCGAAGAGGAAAGGCUCCCACAUCCCGUACAGAGACUCCAAAAUCACCAGAAUCCUGAAAGACUCUUUAGGCGGGAACUCUAAAACCCUGAUGAUUGCCUGUAUCAGUCCAUCCUCUUCAGAUUUUGAUGAAAGUCUGAACACAUUAAACUACGCCACAAGGGCCAGGAACAUUCAGAACCGGGCCACGGUGAACUGCAAACGGGAGCCUGAUCGGGUUGAAGGGCUGGAGCAACAGAUCAAAGCUCUUCGUAGAGCUCUGGAAAACCGUCAGCGUUCGGAGACUCGCAUCAUUUCUCAUGGUGACCCAAACAAGAGACCACGGCUAGGAGAGGGGGAGAUCAGCAGACUCCAAGUGCAGAGCGCACACUACAGGACCUGUACGGACACUGCAUACAGGCUUCUCCGUGAGCUCCAGAGUGACGGGGCUCUUACCGCGGAACAGAAUCUUAGAGUGAAAGAGUGGCUGUGCUCGGUGGAGGAGGAGCGUAGCGGAUUGACCACUGCCUCUGGACCAGACAGUGGAAUCGACAACAGCUCUACUGAGGACUCUCUGGCAUUAAGGACGGGAAGACCUUCUAUAAACAACCAGGAUCAAGAUGCUGUAGAGGAGCAAUGGAUUUAUGACCAUGAGAAACCGGAGGAGAAGGAGAAUGUUGUUCAACUUCAGGCCCAAAUAAACCGGCUGGAGAGGGAAAACACAGACUUCUUAGCAGCUCUUGAGGAUGCAAUGGAGCAAUACAAGCAGCAGAGUGACAAGCUUCAGGAGCAACAGGACCAGAUUCAGGAGCUGCAGAGUCUUCUGUCGUCCCCGGGUGUGCUGGGGCUCGACCUCAACUAUAACUGCAGACCCCACACUGCCCCCACUAACUCUUUACAACAUAUCCACAAUGGUGUUAUUCAGAGCCAGCUCAGCCCUGUUGACUGUGUUGGACCAAAGGGGGAUCAGGACUGCAGUUUCUAUGACGAGCUAGCAGGAGUGCAGGACAUGAAUGAAGAAGGGAGUCAAUCCAGCUGUCGAAAGCCAGUGAACCAGACGUGGAGCAAAAAAGAACUACUCACUGCAACUGUUGGCAAAGGCCUACUGUAUCAGGCGGUGGAACAAGAGCAGCAUCCUGGUUUGACCAGGAAGGCAUCCAACUCCAGCUCGGGGGAAACAGCCACACGUGAAUCUCUGAGAAGCUUUGAUGGAGCUUCGGAGUGGGGUCUUCUACAGGCCCAGCAGAAGAUCCGGGAGCUGUCCAUUACCAUUCGCAUGAAAGAAGAGCUCAUCAAAGAGCUGGUCAAAACUGGAAAGGAUGCUCAGUCCCUUAACCGGCAGUACAGUAAUAAGAUCACGGCUCUGGAAAGUGAAGCGGUUCAAGCUCGGCGGGAGCUGCAAGAAGCACAGCGGCAGCUGCACGAUCUGGAGAGGCAGGAGAUGGAGAUCAGCAUGACAGACAAGACCAGAGCGCAGGAGUGUCGCCGGAAGAUUGCGGCCGCUCAGAGCAAAGUUCAGGUUCUCAGUCAACGACAGAGGGACACAGCUCGACUGGCUAACUUGCCUGCACAGAGUGAACGUCGAGUGCUGGAAUUGGAACGCAGCGUCCAGUCCAUGAGGCAGCAGCAGGAGCAGCUGCAGAAGAAACUGCGACAGGAGUGCCAACAGAAGCGUCGCCUGGAGACGGAGAUGCAAAGAAAUACACAUAGAGUGAAGGAACUGGAGAUAAAAAACGAGCAGCAGCAGAAGAUCCUGAAGAUCAAGACGGAGGAGAUUGCUGCCUUCCAGCGACAGAGGCGUAGUGGCAGCAACGGCUCCGUCAUCUCUUUGGAAGAACAGCAGAAGAUUGAAGAACAAAAGCGCUGGCUGGAUGAAGAAAUGGAACGCGUACUUGAUCAGAGGCGAGGUCUGGAGGAUCUGGAAGGAGAGCUCACAAAACGAGAGGCGAUCUUAGCGAAAAAAGAAGCCUUGUUGCAAGAGCGGAGUGGACUGGAGACAAAGAGGCUUCGUUCCAGCCAGGCUCUUAGUAAAGAUCUAGUGACACUCACAGGCCGCAUUGAAACACUGGAGCAAGAGCUUAGCGAGAGAAACGGUCUCCUUCGCAGUGGCAGUGCACAAGACUCCCAACAGAUCCGCCAGGAGAUCUCUAACCUGCGGCAAGAGAAAGACUCACUUCUGAAACAGCGAGUGGAGCUGGACGACAAACUGCGGCAGGGAAACCUGCUCUCACCUGAGGAGGAGCGAACACUGUUUCAGUUGGACGAGGCCAUCGAAGCUCUGGACGCUGCCAUCGAGUACAAGAACGAAGCCAUCACACAGAGGCAGAGGCAGCUGAGGGCGUCGGCCAGCAUGCUGUCACAAUGGGAGAUGAACCUCAUGGCCAAGCUCAGCUACCUGUCUGCCUCUGAGACACGAGCGCUGCUCUGCAAGUACUUUGAUAAGGUGGUGUCCCUGCGUGAAGAAGAGCGGAAGUUACAACUUGUUCUGGCUGAGCUGGAGAUGCAGCUGGACGAGCGGCAGCAGCUGGUGCAGUGGUUGGAAAACGCCCUCGAUCGCACACAACUGGAGACGGAUCGGCGGCUGACGCAGCAGCAGAAGGAGCACGAGAGAAGCGUGCAGCUGUUGCUGCAGCAGUGUCGAGAGCAACUGGACGAGGGUCUUGCUGGGCGGCAGCGGCAGUACGAGGGUUGGAUUCACAACCUAAGCCUUGAGCUUAACCACUAUAAAGCGGCAAAUCUGGAGCUUAGCAGCAAAUUGCGGGACGCCCAUGUGAGUCAGUCCAAGGAGCCGACAAGAGGUGCAACAUCAGAAGGGAAACCUUUCGGCAGCACAGAGAGACUGACUCGCUGCCCUGAAGAGAAACAUGCAGCCCGAGGAGCAGCACAGCAGGAAAAACCUUCCCGAACCAGAGAGGAGAUGCGCGAACUUGUGAACACUCCACUUCCAUCCACUUGGAGGCGCUCUUCUCUGCCAACAGAGGAGUCUGCUGUCAUGGAGGAACUGUGGAUGAGGUCAGCCUGUGAUGCUCCUGUGAACCGUGUUGUUCAGACGGCGUCAGGCUCCUGGAGCGUCCCCUCAUCUCUGCCUGCUGUCAAGUCUCGCCGGGAGUCUCGCCGCUCCAGCCUCAACGUGGGACCACUGACUUCCAAUAACGUUUUAAUAGACGUGAGGAGGAAUCCCGUCUGACUUCAAUCAACUGUUGAUGUACAAACCUCUCAUCAUGUCCUUCUGUGCCUUCAAAGUGUUGUGUGUUUCAUUUCUGUUUUUCUAUGUUUUUUUUUUUUUUACAAACCCACUGCUAUACACGAAGCACUUUUACUCUCCGACCAGUCAUCGAUACACAACACUACGUCAGUUAGAAGAUUUGUUUUGUUACUGAUCGAAUCCUUCCACUUGGCCUGUGCUGUAGAACGUUCAUGCAAAUGUGUAGUAAAAAAUCAAAGUGGCGUUGCGUUGUUUCAGUUAUUUAGCUUGUAGCUGGCAGCGCACAUGACUUUGAGACGUCUGUACUGCAGUGUUGAGUGUACAGUACUGUAUUCAAAGUAAGAUGCAUAAGUGCUAGGUCUGGGACA